UGCUCUCACAUGGGGCCUCCCACCUUCUGAAGAAUGGCUCCUGCUUGGCAGAGACUGGGUUUCUAUGUCUCUCUUCUGAAGAGGCAGCUAAAUGGUGGGUCAGAUGUCAUCAGUUGGGGGAGGAGAGUCAUUCCAGGAUGUACCAGAGGAAUUUACAGUGUCACGGGACAGUGGACGAAAGAGUAUACACUGCAGACAAGAAAGGACGUCGAGAAAUGGUGGCAUCCACGAAUAAAAGAACAGGCCUCCAAAAUUUCCGAAGCUGAUAAAUCGAAGCCCAAGUUUUAUGUGCUGUCCAUGUUCCCGUAUCCGUCUGGCAAGCUUCACAUGGGCCACGUGCGCGUGUACACCAUCAGCGACACCAUCGCGCGGUUCCAGAAGAUGAGGGGGAUGCAGGUCAUCAACCCCAUGGGGUGGGAUGCAUUCGGACUGCCUGCCGAAAAUGCCGCGAUUGAGAGGAAUCUACAUCCAGAAAGUUGGACGCAAAGCAAUAUUAAGCACAUGAGGAAGCAGCUCGAUCGCCUGGGCCUGUGCUUCAGCUGGGAUAGGGAAAUAACUACGUGUUUACCAGAUUACUACAAGUGGACUCAGUACCUCUUUAUUAAGCUCUAUGAUGCUGGGCUGGCCUAUCAGAAGGAGGCCUUGGUUAACUGGGACCCCGUGGACCAAACAGUGCUGGCCAAUGAGCAGGUGGAUGAGCAGGGCUGUUCGUGGCGUUCUGGAGCAAAGGUCGAGCAGAAGUACCUCAGGCAGUGGUUCAUCAAGACAACUGCUUAUGCGAAGGCCAUGCAGGACGCAUUGGCAGACCUCCCGGAAUGGUACGGAAUCAAAGGCAUGCAGGCCCACUGGAUCGGGGACUGUGUGGGCUGCCACCUGGACUUCACAUUAAAGGUUGACGGGCAAGUCACAGGAGAAAAACUGACCGCCUACACGGCCACUCCCGAAGCCAUUUAUGGUGCGUCCCACGUCGCUGUCACUCCCAGCCACAGACUCUUGCACGGGCAGAGCUCCCUGAAGGAAGCCUUUCGGAAGGCACUGGUCCCUGGCAGAGAUUGCCUCACUCCUGUGACCGCUGUGAACAUGCUCACCCAGCAGGAGGUCCCUGUCAUCAUCGUGGCCAAUGCUGACUUUGAGGGCUCUCUUGAUUCAAAAAUAGGAAUUCCCAGCACCAGUGCAGAGGACACCCUCGUAGCCCAAACCCUGGGCCUGUCCUAUUCGGAAGUCAUUGAAACUUUGCCCGACGGCACGGAGAGGCUGAGUGGCUCCGCUGAGUUCACAGGUAUGAGCCGGCAGGAUGCGUUUCUCGCCCUGACUCAGAAAGCCAGGAGGAAGAGAGUGGGCGGAGAUGUGACGAGUGGUAAACUGAAGGACUGGCUGAUCUCCAGGCAGCGCUACUGGGGCACGCCCAUCCCCAUGGUCCACUGCCCGGCCUGCGGCCCGGUGCCUGUGCCCCUGGAGGACUUGCCCGUGACCUUGCCCAGCAUCACGUCUUUCACUGGCAAGGGGGGCUCCCCACUGGCCACAGCAUCCGAGUGGGUGAACUGCUCCUGCCCUAGGUGCAGGGGAGCAGCCAAGAGAGAGACAGACACGAUGGAUACCUUUGUGGAUUCCGCCUGGUACUACUUCAGAUACACCGACCCUCGGAACACUCACAGCCCUUUCAGCGCGACGCUGGCGGACUACUGGAUGCCUGUGGAUCUGUACAUCGGGGGGAAAGAGCACGCUGUCAUGCACUUGUUCUACGCGAGAUUCUUUAGUCAUUUCUGCCACGAUCAAAAAAUGGUCAAACACAGAGAGCCUUUUCAUAAGCUGCUGGCCCAAGGCCUUAUCAAGGGGCAGACAUUCCGCCUACCAUCUGGUCAGUAUGUACAGAGAGAGGAAGUAGAUCUCACAGGCCCUGUUCCUGUCCAUGCCAAAACGAAAGAGGAGCUGGCGGUGACCUGGGAGAAGAUGAGCAAGUCCAAGCACAAUGGCGCCGACCCCGCGGAGGCCGUGGGGCAGUAUGGCGCCGACACCCUGCGCCUCUACCUGCUCUUCGCCGCCCCUCCCGAGAAGGACAUCCUGUGGGAUGUCAAGACCGAUGCACUGCCCGGCGUGCUGAGAUGGCAGCAGCGACUGUGGUCCCUGGCAACCCGGUUUAUCGAGGCCAGGACUGCUGGGGAGGUUCCCCAGCCCCAGCUGCUGAGCAACGAGGAGAAGACUGAGGCCAACAAGCUCUGGAAGUACAAGAACUCGGUCAUUUCUCAGGUGACCGCCCAUUUCACAGAGGACUUCUCCCUGAAUUCUGCCAUCUCGCACCUGAUGGGACUCAGCAAUGUCCUCUUGCAAGCCUCGCAGAGAGUUGUGCUCCACAGCCCCGAGUUCGAGGAUGCUCUGUGCGCCCUGAUAGUGAUGACCGCUCCCAUGGCCCCCCACAUCACCUCCGAGCUCUGGGCAGGCCUGGCACUGGUGCCCAGGAAGCUCUGCGACCACUACACGUGGGAUGCCGACGUGCUGCUCCAGCCGUGGCCGGCCGUGGACCCCCAGUCCCUGCAGCAGCCUGACGUGGUGCAGAUGGCCGUCCUGAUCAACAACAAGGCCUGCGGCAAAGUCCCUGUGCCCCAGCAGGUGGCCCAGGACCAGGACAAGGUCCAUGAGCUUGUUCUUCAGAGCGAACUGGGUGCCCGACUCCUGCAGGGGCGAAGCAUCAAGAAAGCCUUCCUGUCCCCCAGGACGGCCCUCAUCAACUUCCUGGUGCAGGAGUGACCGGGCCUCCCAGGGACCUCUCUCCACCCAGGCCCGGGGCAACGGGCGGGGAACAGACUCGCGUUCUGAGCGUUCACCUUCGUGCUCCGACAGAUGGGCGUCAGCGUGUGCCUGGUGGUGUGGCCCGGUGCCGGGGUGAAGGCAGACAGAGGAGAAACAUGAGCGAGGGGGAGGAGGGCAGCCUGCUUCCCUCGGCCCCCAUCACAUGGUGGAGGAAGCCGUCCCGUCCCAUGUGAAGCCGCCAGAGACACUGCUGGGUGAGCAGGUGCACCCCAGGAACCUGAGGGUAAACUGAGCAACCACAGGAGGCCCAGGAGAGCAGCGAGGACAGUCAGUUUGAACGGGUAACAGAGCUUGGCAUCGUGGUGGGUGGGCUCCUCUCCCUCAGGCCAGAUGGGAGUCAUUUGGGUCAUGUCCAAACACCCAGUUUGUGGAGUGGACACUGGGGUCCUCAGACGUUGCUCCGAACCAAAAGGCAGCAGCGCCCUCCCUGUGCCCCUCGGCUGUGCGUGCAGGUGGCAUCCUCCCAGCCCCGCCGGAUGCGCCUCUGGGCCUGCUCUGGGGCGAAGCGCCACUUCCCACCCGGAGUGAGCGCCGCCCUUGGCAACCGCUCCCUGGGGUAGAGAAUCUGCUGUGUAGUGAGGCGGAACCAGCCGCUUCCAGUCCCAGAUGGAACCAAUCUCCGAGCCCACCGCAGCCCAGCAGGAGUCUGCUCAUCUGGGCCCCAGAUGGCGAUGCGCCACCGAAACUGGCCAGAGCCCGCCACUGGGACAGGGAGCUCGCCGCAGGGGAGGGGGCGGGUGCCACCGGCGCUGCCUCCUGCAUUCCAGCCACCGCAGGCUGGCUGCUGGGGAGGUGGCCGGGAAUGGACCUGUGUCGUUGACAUGCUAGGAUAACCCUGGUUUUACGUGAAGUCAGCAGCUCGGUGCUCUCCCCAGAACUGGCCCAAGCCGCUGAUGGAUUCAGCGGGGAAAGGGAGGGGACUGCAGCCGCUUUGUGAUGCCGAAAAUCCACGUUGUUCUCUGCUGCCGUUUUUCUGAACAGCCUCAGGUGGGGUCUUCCUGCAGUCCAGCCGUUAACAGAUGACUUUCUUAAUGCAAUAAAAUGUUUGUCAUGUAUGA